AUGGUCCCGAUAAAGAGGCUACACAAUGUCAAAUGUCUGCUGAAAUAUUUCUCAAACAAAUUAUUAAAUACGAGUUGUACAGUUCGUAGCGCAUCGAGCAUUCUAAAUAACGAAGAUGUCGUAACUUUAGAAAUCCAAGGAAAAAGUCUAAAGUUUCCUUUUGUGUGGUUGAGAGACAACUGUCAGUGCGAAAAAUGUUUCCAUCCAUCAGCUAAGAGCAGGAUCCUUGAUUGGAGCGAAUUUAACCUCAAUACGAAGCCGAAACACAUUCUUAAAGGACACGAUUCAGUGAAAGUGACAUGGGACGACGGUCACACAUCGCAAUACAAUCUAAACUGGCUUCAGUUCAGAGCCUUCACACCGGAAAAUCAAAAGGAAUACAAUAAGGAAUUGUAUAAGCCAGCAAAAAUCACGUGGAAGGGUGAAGAUUUCCAUAAAAUAUGCAACAAACACGACUAUAACAAAAUAGUAGCAUCAGACAGCGCCCUGUACAAUUGGCUAUACGACUUAUCCACGUAUGGAGUCACGUUAAUACAGAACACACCGGACAAGGAAACAGCUAUCGACGCCGUCGUCAAAAGGGUCGGCUUUCCGAAACAAACACAUUACGGACUUAGGUUCAUCGUUCAACAUGUCGCAAAUACAAGCAACGUGGCGUAUCUGUCGAGCAAUUUGCAAAUGCACACAGAUCUGCCUUAUUAUGAAUACUGUCCAGGAAUAAAUUUACUUCACUGUCUCGUACAGACUACAUCUAACGGCGGGGAAAACAUUCUUUCCGAUUGCCACUUCGUCGCGAACUAUAUGAAAGAACAUCACUCGGAACAGUACGAGAUACUGACUGAUACAGAAGUAGAAUGGAGCGACAUCGGCGUGGAACACGGUAACGAGUUUCACAAGCUUUACAGAUCUCCUGUUAUAUGUUUGGACAGGCGUGGCGAUAUAUCAAGGAUCAAUUUUUCGAUACCGCAAAGAGGCAACCACUUCCCCGGUCCUAUUGAAAAAGUGAAGCCAUGGUACGAAGCUCACAGUCUCUUCUUCGAGCUGAAUCGAAAGUUUGCGGCGAAAUUCAAAGUGGAAACUGGUAAUAUACUUGUUUUCGACAACAUUAGACUGCUCCAUGGACGAAAUCAGUAUGAAGAUCGGGGGGACAACGUAAGAAAAUUAAUUGGCGUUUACAUCGAUUGGGAUGAAGUGUACUCGAGAUUGAGAUCUCUUAAGGUAAAAUUAGAAAAUAAAAGUUAUUAUUAA